AUGAUCAACGAUAGUCGCGGUGUGUUGCAAAAUUUUCAAUUUUCUCGUGGUAAAAAUCUAAGUGAUCCAUCAUCAGUACGUGUAUUAUGUUUAAUAUUAACAUCACCAAAAUACAUUCAUACACGAGCAAAAGCUGUUCAUGAAACAUGGGCACCACAAUGUGAUCGUCACUUUUUUAUAACAGAAUAUUUUGGAAAUAAUAUAACAUCAAAACAAAUCAACAUUACAGAACAAAUACCUAUUGCACCAAUUAAAAAUAUUACAGCUGGUUAUGAUCAUCUAACACAAAAAUCAACAUUAGCUUUUUUAUUUGCAUAUGAAAAUUACUUGAAUGAUUUCGAUUGGUUUGUCAAAGCAGAUGAUGAUACUUAUGUGAUUGUUGAACAUUUGAAAACAUUUUUAAAUGAACAAAAUCCAUCGGAACCUGUUACAUUUGGAUAUAAUUUUAAGAUACAUGUACCAAAAGGAUAUCAUUCCGGUGGAGCAUCUUAUGUGUUAAGUCGAGAAUCAUUACAACGGUUUUAUGAAGCACAUAAAGAUCCAACAUCAAAUUGUCGUAAAGAUGGUGGUAGUGAAGAUGUUGAAAUAGCUAAUUGUCUUCGUACAAAAGGUGUUUAUCCAGGUAAAUCACUCGAUAAACAAAAUCGUGAAUUAUUUCAUCCACUUUCAUUUACUGAUCAUUUUCGGGGUUUAUUUCCUGAUUGGCUCGAAACAUAUGCUGAGAAUCCACCACAAAAUAAUUACAAUUGUUGCAGUGAUCAAACAAUUUCAUUUCAUUAUGUUAGACCUGAAGAACAAUAUCUAAUUAAAAAUCAUAAUCAAAUAAUAUUACCACGUAUAUGCUGUUUAAUAUUGACAACACCAAAAAAUUUUCUCACACGUGCAAAAGCUAUUAAUGAAACUUGGGCGCCACGAUGUGAUCGUUAUGUUUUCGUAACAGAAUAUCCUCGAGAAGAAAUGACAGCUGAACAAAUUAGUUUUACAGAACAAAUACCUAUUGCACCAAUUAAAGGUAUUGUACCUGGUUAUGAACAUCUAACACAAAAAUCAGUAUUAGCUUUUUUAUAUGCAUAUGAAAAUUAUUUGAAUGAUUUUGAUUGGUUUAUUAAAGCAGAUGAUGAUACAUAUUUAAUUAUUGAACAUUUAAAAAAAUUUUUAAGUAAACAAAAUUCAUCAGAACCUAUUACAUUUGGAUAUAAUUUUAAGGUUAUCGUUCCACAAGGAUACCAUUCCGGUGGAGCAUCUUAUGUGUUAAGUCGAGAAUCAUUACGACGAUUUCAUGAAGCACAUAAAGAUCCAACAUCAAAUUGCCGUAAAGAUGAAGGUAGUGAAGAUGUUGAAAUAGCUAAUUGUCUUCGUACAAAAGGUGUUUAUCCAGGCAAAUCACUCGAUAAAGAAAAUCGUGAAUUAUUUCAUCCACUUUCAUUUACUGAUCAUUUUCGGGGCUAUUUCCCUGAUUGGCUUCUAAAAUAUGCUGAAAAUUCAUUACGCACUCACUACGAUUGUUGUAGUGAUGAAACUAUAUCAUUUCAUUAUGUUUCUCCUGAAGAACAAUAUCUUAUGAAUUUUCUAUUAUAUCGAGCUCAUCCAACAUCAAACAUAAUUAAGUCAAACAGCUCAUCAACAUGA